AUGGAGGGACUUCCCAAAUUGCCUGGCUUGCAAAUUGAGGACCACACAAAGCAGAAUCACCAUCUGUCGCACAGUCUGACCAUAAGGAAUGGCUAUUGUGUUGCCGAAGAGCCCGCUUGUGCCAUCGGAGGCGCUGGAAUCUUCCGCGAUCAGGCUGUGCAAUUCAUCUCCAAGACCGACGAUCCCCUAGCGUAUGACCCAAUUCUCACGUACGGAUGCAUCCGGAAGCCCCAAGUGCCGCCAUUCUACCCACACUUUGUGCAGUACGACAAGAUGAUUCUCACAUUCAGAGGCUACUUCCGCCAGCAAGUCGCCGAGCUUCCUGAGGAUGCCAAUCGUAUUCGUUACGUGAAUAUUCUGUACUUCCUGGAGGAUGACACGAUAACGGUGCUGGAGCCGCAAAUUCAGAAUUCCGGCUUCCCUCAAGGCAGAAUAAUCCGGCGCAGCAGAAUUAUGAAGAAUCCCUCUGGGGAAUUUUACACAUGGAAGGACAUCAAUAUUGGCAGUCAAUUAAACUUAAAUGGAAUCAACUUCCAUGUGACAGGCUGUGAUCCGUUCACCAGGGAGUUCAUGCUGAGCCAGGGAAUUGAAUUACAGGAGCCAGAAGCGCAAUACACACAUCCCGUCUAUGCCGAAACCAUUGGCGCUUCUGAGAUUAAGCCACAAGCGGAUGGCAAAUUGCGGCGCUUUCUCGACUAUCAAGGGAAGGUUUUGCAUUUCGACUGUGUUCUGGAUGAAAGCGAUCGUCCCGGCGGAACUUACAUGACCUACAAACUCUUCUACUACCUCGAAGAUGACACAAUCUCGAUUAAGGAGCUCAAAGAGAAUCGCGAGGGGAGAGAUAGAUUCCCGUUGUUGCUGAAGCGAACGCGACUGGAGAAGAAUCUGCACCACCCACCUGUUGAAUAUCCCUCCAAUGAGAGGGACAGGGAAGAUAGGAGUGUGGAUUAUUACACUCCAUCGGAUCUGAUGAUUGGAGAGAUUGUCAGUGUGUAUGGCAGACAAUUCCUCUUGAUAGAUUGUGACGAGUUCACGCGCCAGUACUACGAGAGAGUGCUUAAGAAGCGUCAGAGGGAGAGAUUUAUCUUUCAUCCACCUAAGAAAGUGGCCCCAAAGCCCAAUAUUCCGCCCUACUUAGGUCUCGGCACUCCGGAAGAUUCACUCGCGUCGCACUUUAAUCUGGUGGCGAAACCACCUAAGAAAGACAUCAUCAACUAUCUGCAGAACGUCAACAAGUACCUUCGCUACGGCUGCAGUCUGGAGUCUCCCUAUCCAGAGGACAGGAACAGGAAGUUCAUCCUCCAGUUUUGCCUUUCCGACGGCACAAUUACGAUAAUGGAGCUCAAAAUCCCGAAUUCCGGCAUCAUGGGCGGACGAUUCCUCACUUCCCAGCGCGUCUGGAAGCCAGGGUGUGAUCCUCAUCAGCCCGAAUACUACACGCCUAAGGAUAUUCUCAUCAAUUCCACUCUGACCAUCAAUUCCCAUCGCUUCACAAUCUCCAGCGCCGAUCUGUACGUCUAUCGCUAUAUGCGCGAGCAUCCUGAGCUCUUCACCGACGAAGCGAUAGACAGUGUUCGCAAGUAUCACGUGGCAGAAGGGAAUCUGCGGCCAGAACCCGGGGAAACCCCUAAAACAGACACAACUCCCAGGCAGACAUGCAACGAACUGACCGAACUGGAGAAGGCACUCAAAGACACCAAUUUGUGCGAUAGGGAGAAAGACCAGUUUAUCGGCAAAUACCAUGAAAAUGAUAAGGUGAAAGACGGCUUACCCGGACAGGAAGUUGAUAUCGCUGAACUUCGCAGAACUGAUGCUUGCGAAGAAAAAUUCGUGGGAAAGGUUAGUGGAGACUUUCAUUCGAUUCCCGCGAAAGAAAGUAUCUCUCCGGAGAGAAAGACAGUCACUUUUGGCGAUAUUGCAGCGGAAAAAGACACUUGA